AUUUUUGUAUUUUAAAUUGAAGGAAAUGGGAAGGAAAAGUACAAAGCGCUUGCAACUCAAGCCUUUUUGUUACUUCUGUAACCGCGAGUUCGAUGAAGAAAAGGUCUUGAUUAUGCACCAAAAGGCAAAACAUUUCAAAUGCGGAGAAUGUAAUCGCAAGUUGGAAACAGCAAACGGAUUAGCAGUCCAUAUGCAACAGGUGCACAAGCUAAUACAGAGGAAAGUGCCUUGCGCCCUUGAAGGCCGAGAUAAUAUCAACUCAGUGGUCCAGGGAAUGCAAGGUGUGCCAAUCGAAGCUAUUGAAGAGCAUCACUUGAAACACCAAAAGAAAAUGGGAGAUAUAGACACGCGCAAGCAACAACGCAUUAGCUGGUCUAUUGUCGCAAUGGCACCCACACCAGAACAGUUCUUAGCACAACUGUCAAUUGGAAAUAUAUACUUCCCAGGCUUUACCGCUCCACAAGAAAAACAACCUAUAAUAAGGCGGAAUAUUCCCCAAAUACACCUUGGUCAGGUACCAACAUAUCCUCCGGAUAUCCUAACAGGGCAACCUCAACCGGGCAUGUACCCGAAUAGCAAUUUACCAACUUAUGGCAAUCCACCUGCUGGCCUACCUGGAACAAACAUGCGAGGAAGGAUGUUCACAGCUGCACCAGAAAACGUAGUCCAGCCACAGGUAGAACCUGCAAAAAACGUUGGAUUGGGUUUCAGUGGUUCUGGACCUCUGAUAUUAGGUCCCAGCGGAACACCAAUAGAAGCUCCUCAUGGGCACACCUUCAACCACGUUCAAGCAGUACCCCGUCCAACAGGGAUAUCGAGUGAUGGCAAUUUAACUGGAAGGCAAGGAUUCACAUCAGCACCUAAGGGAUUUAGCAAUGGACCAGUGGCAGCUACAGUAAAUCCUACAACUCGCACAGGAUUCAGUGGACCAACAGGGUUCCAGAAACAGGGUGGAUUCAGUGACGCUAAUACAUUUCCAAAGACCACUGGUUUUAGCGACGCUAAACCUGUAGGGAGUACAACUGGAUUCAGCGAUGCAAGUACCACAGCCAAAAAUAGUGGUUUUAGCGCCCCGCUAGAAAAGCAAAAGAGAGCUAGCUUUGACAAUCCACAACCAACGAGUAAUAAGAAGCCUGAGAUUAGAGGCUUUAGUGACGCAAUUCCAAAAACAUCUCAUGCGAGCGUUAAUAGAGAAAGUGAUGUCAAAGCGGAUGUGACACAUCGACCAGAGGAAUCGCGAAUUGUUAAGAGACCAGCUAUGCAAACACAGUGCUACAAAGCAACAGGAGUUCCGCCAUUAUUCAUACCACCGCCAUCAUUAGGUACCACUAAACUUGCUUACGAUGUAGAUACGGAAUCCAUAGAAGAGAAACGAGCAAAAUUGCUACACAACUGGGUAGAUACAAAAUAAGAAUUAUUAUACGAAGAUGGA